AUGAUCCAGGACGAGGAGGAGCCGGAGAAGAAGCGCAUGAAAGCUGCAGAGCCUGCCAAGGAGGAGGGCACGCCGCUCGAUCUCGCCUCGCGCCACCUCGCCCAGUGCAGCGAGAUGCACAACCUUGCGCAGGCGCUCCAGAAGGAAGGUACGCUCGAGACUGCUGCAAUCAUCUAUGGCCGCGGCGUCACGAAGAAGAACUACCAAAUCAACGGCAUCUACUCUUUGCGGACGGGGAAGUACCACGGUGCGGUUUGCUACCAGAAGGAGACGAACGACCCCAAAGCCGGGAAGAAGUUCCUCCUCUACUCCGCCACGAAGCAACAGUGGAAGAUCACGGAUAAGAUCCAGGAUCAGGACAGCUUCGCCUACGCUCGUGUGGAGGACCGGGGCAAGCAGCCCCCACCGGAUCUGCCAAAGGGCUACCUCACCUGGAAGGUCUUUAGCGGCAAGCAGGGCGGCUACAAGAAAGACGACCAAGUCUUCUGUACAAGGGUGGACAUCCCCACUUUGGCCGCUGCCGUGCAGAAGGCAAAGGCGGAAGUCAAGGCUCUCCACGUCAAGGAGGCCGAGAACAACGAGCGCUUGGCUAGGCAGGCUUGUGACGACCGCGUUCAGGCCGUCGUGGCCGCCGUUCAGCGCGAGACGAAGCCAGGAGGUCAAGCAGGGGAGGAGGACAGGCAGACCCGGCAGGAGGAUGACCCCUUGCAAGCUCGGGAUCUGCAAGGUGGGAAGCUCAAGCAGCUGGCGUCGCCAAAUGGCAAGGACGUCUUCGCCUGCAUCUCCAGUGAGGAGGAAGGCGAGGUGGACAUUCUCCAAGGUCCGGCGAAGGUGCGACGGAGGGCAUCUCCGAGCCCAAAAGCCUCGCCCAGGCCGGCAAAGGACGCCCCACCUGCCGUGAAGAUUGUCGCCAGCGCCACAGAACCGAGGAUGCGCCCGUCCGGCAAGAAGCGAGCCCCAAGGCAGGAGUUCGUGGCCUUCGGCUUUGAUUAUCGGUGGCGGGGCACUGCCUACGUCAGCUUCCGCGACAAAGCGACCGCUUUGAAGGCCCUUCGGGCUCCGCUCAAGUUCCCGGCGUCCCUGCACGAUAAGGUUGUCAGCAUGCGGCACCUCGACACGGACAAGACCAAUGAUCCGCAGUAUCUCGUGAAGGCGAAGUUCUUGAACCGGCAGUUGCUGUACAUCGCGCGACAGCUCCAUGUCCAGCUUCUUGCAGAUCCGCAUCUGCGAGGCAUUGGCAAGCCACUGGCGAGCGUGGGUUCCGGUAUUGUUGAGCAUGAGGCCCUAGAGCUCCCAGAGCCCAACUUCGCCGACCCGGCUGGGCCCGAAGCCGCGGCCUUCCGGGCCCCCUGGGGCCGAGGCGGCGUGCCGAUGUCCCAGAAAACCUAUGGUGUUCUGACUCGGCAAGUGCCUGCCGAGGAGGCCGUCCUGAAACGCUUUGGGAGUUGGGCCGAAUUUCUGGGGCAGCCGCCCAUGGAAGAGCUCUUCGCGCUCGAGCUGCGGAGGCCAAUGGGUUCAUCUGCUCCCGGACCAGAUGGCGAAUCUGGAACGGAUGCAGCAGCGGACGAAGAGGGAUCCGAGGCAUCAGUUCCUCGUGACAGACGCUGUGUAGUGGAGGGGCUGCAGCUGAUGAAGGCCUUGUCCUCUGAAACUCAGCUGAAUGCCUUCCAGGUCAAGACGCUCCAACCUGUUGGCCCAAGUAACUCUGUCAAGCGACAGGGCGUGCUGGACUUGAGCCAUUUGAAGCCAUGCCUGCGGCUGAGGGCCGCAGAUGUCGAGGCUGGCCAAGGAGAACUGACCUUCCAGUUCAAGAAGACUCCGGUGAGCCCAACAAGGACCGUCACAGAUGCCCAAGAGUUCCUGGACAUCUUGGCGAAAGAGACCCGCAAGGGAGAUGCCACGCACGAGAACUGGCUGCGACAGCCUGCGCGGCGAUGGUGCAAGCAGAUGGUUGCCGAGCUGCCCAAAGAACGGCGGCGCAGGCUGCGACAACGUUACCACUACCUCGAGGAGUCGGCAGCGGCCGAGGAAGACUUCAUGAACCGCUGGGGAGACACCUCCGACUUUGCCUCCGCGGUUCUCGAGUAUUGGCUCGAGGGUAAGUCCUUGGAGGAGGUGUUGGAGAGGGCGAAGCAGCUGGGACAGCUGGAGGAGGAUCUCUUCUUCGGCUGCUUUCUCCAGGGCUCAUGGGUCGACUCCUUCGCCUGGUCCGAGGACCUCUGCAUGGAGACUCUACGCGGCAUGAUCAAGAAGAUCGAGGGCUCGGAGUCAUUCGUUUUUCACACCCAUGCGUCGAACUGCUUCGAGCAGGCCGGUGAGCAGAUCCCGGUCGAAGAGCUGCAGCCCUGGCCAGGGUCGGGCUCCCUGAACACAAGGUGGGACUACAGCUUGAAGGGGAGCGAGAGGACGGACGUAGAUCUCUUAGACGACUACUUUGUGCGAAUGCAAGCCAUAGUGGAGAAGUCCGACUCGAUCAGGUUGAACAAGAUGUUGUAUCUGAUCUGGAAGAUGCCGCACUACGUGACGUCCUACCAUCAGGAUACACAUGUCCCGCCGCACUUCACUGUCUACAAUCAGGUCUCCGGGGCAAGCAUUUUUCACUUCCUGCCACCUCUGGUUGGCUGCUACGUCACGCAUGUCGGGCGGAGGGACGUCUCUGCGCUGAAGGAGGUGCUGGAGACGCUGGAUGCAAUGCAGUUGGGCUCACUGGCGGUGCUCGGUCCCGGCCAGGUAGCUUUGAUCAGCCCCUUCGGUUCCCACGGCGUGUGGGUACCCUCCCAGGCCUACAACGAGAAGCUGCCAUGCUUCUCUGUCUCGGCUAUCCGUGCCGUGGAGCUCUUCAUGCGGGAGCAGCUGAGGGUAGCGAACUGGGAAUUGAAGCUCCCGACCUGGAACCAGGUCUGGCCAGAGAACGAGGAGGACGAAGCUGAUAUGGCCGUCCCUUGGCAUUUCAAUGCUUGCAGCGUUCUGCGAGCCUUGAUUGGUUAUCAGCUCCCAGCAUAA